GGCUGCCUUGUUACCAUGACGACAGAGCUACUCAAAGCUGAAGUCAAGGACCUGGUUGCCAUGGCUUCCGCUUCUCCGCCUCCAGCCCCGCCCGCGCGCCUGGCAGCGUUGCGCCUGCGCAGUACGCAACGCGAAGGGCCUCGGGGCCGGGGCGGGGCUUCAAGGGAGAGGGAGGGAAGCCGGAGAAAGGAUAAAAAAGGGAGCGGAGCUGGCGCCUACGGUGGCCGAAGAGGGACGCGCCGAGCCGGAGGCUGCAGGAUGAUGCGAUUCAUGCUGCUGUUCAGCCGGCAGGGGAAGCUGCGGCUGCAAAAAUGGUACCUGGCCACAUCGGACAAGGAGCGAAAGAAGAUGGUUCGGGAGCUUAUGCAGGUGGUUCUGGCUCGAAAGCCCAAGAUGUGCAGCUUCCUGGAGUGGAGGGACCUCAAAGUUGUCUAUAAGAGAUAUGCCAGCCUCUACUUCUGCUGCGCCAUCGAGGGCCAAGACAAUGAGCUCAUCACGCUGGAGCUGAUCCAUCGAUAUGUGGAGCUCCUGGACAAAUACUUUGGCAGCGUGUGCGAGCUGGACAUCAUCUUCAACUUUGAGAAGGCCUACUUCAUCCUGGAUGAGUUCUUGAUGGGGGGUGAUGUCCAGGACACCUCCAAGAAGAGUGUGCUGAAGGCUAUUGAGCAGGCAGACCUGCUCCAGGAGGAGGACGAGUCGCCGCGCAGCGUGCUGGAGGAGAUGGGUCUGGCCUAGCCCUGCCCGGGCCGCGUGGAGAUGCGGGGAGCCGGUGGAGAGGCAGGGCCUGAGUGGCCCUUUGCUCGGAGGGAGCCACCUGCCCCUCCUCUGCUGCCUCACCUUCUUUUGGAGCGAGCUGUGGGCUCAGGACCCUCCAACAUUCCCUCCCUCCACCCCAGACCUCUUGUUUCCCCUUUUCCCACCGAAGGUUUUAGGAGCUAGGAGGUAGGAAAAUGUGACCAAGACGGGGGUGCUAUUUGGCUUUCAUUCCCUGCCUUUGAAGAACUAAUAUGACCCCCAACUUCCUCCCAUCCCUUAGAACUGUAAAUAUAUAAAUACAUCAGGUUAAAGGGGAAAGGUUUUCAGGGCUCCUCUCUGCUCCCUGCCCCGUAACCUACCUCCACCCCUCCCCGCAGCCAGCCAGGGCAGCUUCUCUGCCCAGGAGGGGGGCUUCCGUGUAGUGAGAGGGAAGUCCUUUCCCCUUCCCGGCCCCCUCCCCUUCCUUCCUGGCUGCAAUGGGGCCUCUGUCCAGUGUGGGGGAGGAACAACAUAGUUAAUUUUUUUCUAACCUUGCCACUCUGAGGGAAGGGAGGAUUGGGGGAGGGGCAGGCUUUAUGGGAGACUGGGCCCCGUGCCUCCUUCACUCCGAGUUCUGGGUGAGGCAGGAGCUAAGGGGGUGGGGUGGGGGAAGUGUCUGACUUUUUUUCCUUUCCUCUGAAAUAAAAGGAAAAGCAUUUCUGGACUUUGCCUGCCUUAGGCUCUGUGGAGGCAGGCAGGGCAGCUGGGAUCAGCAGGGGAAGGGAACACAGCCCAUUCGACUCUUCCCGGAACGAGGGUUGCCAGAUUGAGCACCAAAAAACCCAGGGGACACCCAGUUCUAUUUGUGUGAUAACGAAUCAUUUUUUUAGGAUGAAGGUGUCCUUUGCAAGCGGAUCAGUUGUUUAUCUGGAAUGCAAAUCUGAAAUACAGGUGUCCUGUAUUUUUUGUGGCAGCCCUACCCCAAAUACAUUGGCAAGCUCAA